UUUUCUUCCUCAAAUUCGUCGCCGCCGGAGCUGGAGACUUUCCACCUCUGAACCCCCAAAACUUCUCCCGAAUCAAAGAAAAACGAGGGGGAGGGACGUAAUCGCGAUGGCGGAUUUGGGAUCUUUUGGCUACAGCGGCGGCGACAAUCCCGACAAUCGACAACAGCCUGGACGACGCAUUUAUGAUCCAUACAAAGACCUCCAGAUCCCUUACCGCGCCAUAUACGACAUUCCGACAUCACCUGAAUUCCUUUUUCAGGAAGAGUCUGUUGCCCAGCGCCGCUCCUGGGGCGAGAACCUUACAUACUAUACAGGCAUCGGAUAUCUCGGCGGCGCGGUUGGCGGCGCCUCUAUCGGCCUCUACAAGGGCCUGCGAUCU